AUGGUCAAUGACCCCCCCUUCACCGCCCCUUCACUGCCCCUUCACCGCCCCUUCACCGCCCCUUCACCGCCCCUUCACCGCCCCUUCACCCCCCCUUCGCCCUCGUUCCCGCUCUCCCCGGCGCCGCCAGUGGCGCCACCAACACUGCCCCGGGGUCUCCGCCCAUCUCGCUGCCUGCCGAUGCGCCUGCUGCCUGUCGUGCUCGUCAUCCUCACCGUCUCCUUGCGUGCCAGCACAAGUCUUUCCGUAUCUCAUCACACCACUGUGCUUGGGCGUGAUGCCGACUCUGCCUCGUCCCCACCUCUACAACUGCCCUCUCUGAGGUCGCUGCGAGUCAACGGCAUCUGCCAAACAUUCUUCGACCUGUUUCCUUCAGGCUCGCCAGGCACCGAUCUCCAACUGCUGGAAAUCGCCUCUGUCAGCGCCGCUGAGAUUCUCCCCGCUGGUAUUGGAGAGCUGAUGCCGUGUGUGCGGGAGUUGAGUCUUGUCAGAUGCGCGAGCGUGACGGAGCUGCCAGAGGAGCUGACCUCCCUCGCACGGUUGGAGAGCCUGCGCAUCUCCUCUUGCACCCAGAUCUCCCGCCUUCCAAGAAACCUCGGGGAGUUGUCGGCACUCAAACGGUUGGAGCUGUUCGCGUUGCCUCUCACAGCCCUCCCUGACUCCCUCGCCCAGCUCACACGCCUCGAAUUCUUCUCUCUCCUCGAAUGCCAGGGGGUUCGCCGGCUGCCAGCGGAAUUCAGCUGCCUCACUGCUCUUGAGACGCUGUAUCUUGGACAGAUGCUUCCAGACGGCAUCGGCAGGCUCAGUAACCUGAAAACUCUUCUCCUGGAAGAGCACGGCCAUGUGCAGCGGCUGCUCCCGUCUUCAUUCACGCAGCUCUCUCUCUUGACACGUUUUGAGCUUAACAGGUCCACGAUUGAAGAGCUUCCUCAGGACAUAGCGAUGCUGAGUAGCCUGCAGCACCUGUGCUUGUGUUCCUGCCCUAAUCUCAGAAUGAUCCCUGACUCCGUCUCAGGCCUCACAGGGUUGGAGAUCCUAGUGAUUGAUAACUGCUAUCACCUCACGCCAGUUCCAGGGCUGGAUGCUUUCACAAGGCUGAAGCGGCUGGAGGUGGUUCACUGUGUGGCUGAGCCUCCUGCAUCCCUCCCUCCGUCUCUGGAAUUCCUAGCCAUGCCGAUGUACAGUCAGCGCGCUCCUCCCUCCACCAUGCCCCACCUGCCGCAUCUGAGGAGCCUGGAGCUCAGUAAAGUUGAUGCUGGAAGCAACCUGGCAGCGAUCACGAGUGCAUGUCGACUGAGGAGGCUGAAGCUGCAACUGGCGGGAGAAGCCGAGGAUCUCCCCUCGCCCUUUCCACACCUCCCGCACCUCCACGUGCUGCUGAUUCUGGAAUCCCCCAAGCUCAGACGGCUCCCAGAGCGCAUCGGAUCGCUACUACCACAGCUGCGAGAGCUGGUAGUUCAGAAUUCAUCGUUGAGAAGGCUUCCGGCAAGUGUGUUCUUGGGGGAGCUGCCUGAUUCCCUCACCCAGCUCACAUGUCUGCAGGAGCUGAAUGCUGGGUUUACUUGCCUCCACUCCCUCCCAUCGGGAUUUGCUCGAUUGUCCAGGCUGAGACGACUCUAUCUGAACGGCUGUGAGAAUCUGGAAGUGCUGCCAGAGGAGGUGACAGAGCUGAGGAUGCUGCGCUACUUGGGUGUGAGGGAUUGCCCGCAGCUGCUGAACAGUGACAACCGGGUAGACACUCAUGGCGUUGACCGGAUGUAUGGGCUGGAGGUGGAUGAUUUGGGGACUGUCAUGGACUUUUGA